ACGUCGAUGCUUGUCAAAAUUCAUAAUGUAACCCCCUCAAAAUUGAUUCUGACCCUAUUUCGACACAAAAAGUUUACUAAAUUAAGUCCUUCAGUGUUUUUACUUUUUUCUUUACUGUGGAAGGCAGUUACUCUUUUGUUAAAUUUAACAUUUGACACUAAAUUUUACCUCUUUGCGGAACCUUCUUUUUGGCGAUAAAAAUAAUUCUUUGAUGAUGUGAGUAUCACAGCUUUGGUGGGGAUAAAGGCAAUAAGCCUAUGUGCCUCGUAAUAGAACCCUUCCUUGGUCCUUGGCUAGUGAUUGGUUGUGAUAAAUUAGCGUAAGAAGUUUGGUUUAAAACAUGGCGCUGGUUUGUUUAGCUGUGUAAAAUGCAUUACAGAGAAAACUCUGUCACUCAGGUGUUGUGGAGUAUAGCAAGAUGAGUCUACGGUUAUUUCUUAUUUUUUGAAUUUAUUCUGUUGCAUAGUUUGAAGAAAUACCAUUUCACUUAUCGAAACUGGGGUGUCUGCAUACCAAAUUUGGGGUUGAUGACUUACCCCAUGUUCAGAAGGAAAAUUUUCAAGCGAAUGAGAAAUCCAGAUCACCAGCUAUGGAGUCCCAGUCAUCUAAGCUUUCUGUUCCUAUUUCAUCAUCUCCAGCUAAUUCUUCAGGUAGGAGUAAGGUAGCAUUAAAACCUGGACAUUCAUUGAUGGAUUGGAUACGAUUUACUCAUUCUUGUAAGGAUUUGGCUGCAACUGGUGGAAAAUGCUUGGAUGUAUCAUCUCGAGAGCUUGCAAAACAUAAUUCCAAGGAAGAUGCGUGGAUUGCCUUAAAAGGUAAAGUAUACAACAUAACCCAUUAUUUGGAAUAUCACCCUGGAGGCGAAGAUGAACUUAUGCGUGGAGCAGGAAGAGAUGCUACAGAUCUGUUCAAUCAAGUUCAUCGAUGGGUUAAUGCUGAAUCCAUGCUUCAAAAAUGUUUUGUUGGUGUAUUGAAGAAAUCAUGGUCCUUAGAUGUUCCUAGGUAUUUACCUAUUAGUGCUUUGAAAUUAAAGUAUAAAAGGCCUGCAAUUGUGCCUGAGAUUUUAGAUACACCUCCUGGUUCUCCUGGUGAAAUAGACGAAUUGUUUCAACCAACACGUAAAGGGAAAUUCGAAUGGUCUGUAACUAAUGAAGCUAAUAUAGAUGUAAAUUUUGUAAGUUAUAAAGAUGAAAAUACUGUCCGGAUCGUCAUUGACAAUUUAAAUGUUCUCUUCCCUGAAAUCAUUACUGAUUUAAUAAAAAACGUAUUAUUUAUUAAAAAGGAUAAUUCAGGUCCGCAGCUUCUAAAAAUUGAACUUCCCAGUGCUGUCCAAGAGGAAUAUGAUGUAAAAAUUUUAGAGGAAGAGAGAUUUUUAGAACUUUUGCUUUCAACGACCUCGAAGAAAUUAUGUUUUACAGACCCAUCACUUUGGAAAUGCACACCUUGUUAUGCAGUUGAUACAAAAAAUGAAUUUAUUUACUGGUCGUGCAAACUGAUUAACAGAACUCCUGUUACCCAUGAUACAUACCUAUUUACAUUUUUGCUACCUCCUGGAACAAGAAUGUGGAUUCCAGUUGGGUGUCAUGUACAUAUCAAAUGCAUUGUUAAAGGGAAAGAAAUUGUAAGAAGCUACACUCCUGUUCUUCCGUCGCUUGAUAGGACUCCAAAGCAUGCAGAUGGACGUCACAUAGUUCUUAUGAUAAAAAUAUAUCCAACUGGAACUUUGACCCCAGUAAUUGAUAAAUGUUUGAAAGGGGGAUAUAUGAUGCUAAGCAAUUAUUCUGGAAACUUUCCCGAAGAAUUACUUAAAAAUUCAGAAUCUAUUGUAAUGCUUGCAGCUGGAACUGGAAUCACCCCAAUGAUUAAAAUAAUUCAUUGGGUCAGCAUUAUGCAAGAUAAGAAAAGGACACUUUUAUUAUUAUUUUUCAACAAAACAGAGCAAGACAUCUUGUGGAGGAAGGAACUUGAAACUUUUAGCUUAACACAAGAAAAUUUUCAAAUUAUGCAUAUCUUAUCUGAUGCAACUGAACACUGGAAAGGGCUCAAUGGUAAAAUAUCUAAAAACAUACUUGAAAAGUUGUUACCACUGAAACGUCCUAACAAUGCUCUAUGUAUUUUAAUAUGUGGACCACUGCCAUUUACUGAAACUGCUUUAAGGUGUCUGGAAGGUGCUGACUAUGAUCAAGGAAGUAUUUAUGCUUUUACAGGCCAAUGAUUAAAUCAUUCUGGGUUACAUUUUUAAAGUUUUCAUAUGGUCAUUUAUUUCACAAGGAAAAACUGGACUAGGAUCUAACUAAAAGAUGAAGUUGGAAGCAUUAAAUCAGUUGCCAUAGCUUGAAUUUGAUGGAAUAUGUUACUCCUGAAAGGGGAUCUGUGUCAGUCUCCUUUAAAAUGCUUUUUUUGGGGGGGGGUAACAAAAGUAUCAGUCUGAAGUUGAGUUUUGCAUAGUUUUGACUGUAGAUUGGGAAACUAAUACAUUAAAAAUUUGAUUUACAAACUUUGAGGAUUUGCAAAAGUACCAUAAUAUUGUCAAAGUGCAUACCAGUACGAUUAAUGCUAUGAAUACAACUAGCAUCUCUGUCGCUUUCCUUUUGUUUUGGGGGUGGGUCAUUAUUUUCUAGCUAAAGUCUUGCACAUAAGUUUUUUUUUUUUUUUUUUUUUUUUUUUUUUUUUGUUUAAUCCAAAGUGUUUCAUAUGUAGUCAAACCUCAAUAACUCAAAAUUGAAGGGAACGAAAAAGAAAAUUAAACAGUCAAAAAUUCAAAUUAACAAACUUUUAACAAACUUGAAAAACACCUUUAAUUUUUUGUAAAUGUCCAUAUAAAUACAUUUAACAAAGCAAGGUUGAAAUUAUUGCAUAUAUUAAUGAUGAUAAUUGAUUUGAUUCUUAAGAAUAUUAAAGCAUAAUUAAACAAAGGAAAUUCAUAUUUUUAAGUGCAUGCUGCAUUACAAAAGUGCUGCUUAUAACAACAUAAAAUAAUCUCAUUUUAAUGGAGAAUUUCUGUCCUCGUCCACUUGAAAACAACUUCAUUUGUUAAUAUUUCUUUUCCACUUCAG